UUUAGCACCGUGUCCCAUUGACUAGACGGCCACGAACCGAGCAGCGUGUUCCAGCACGUCCCUGAACUCAGCACCGAUUGAGUGGAUCGGUGGGGACUUGGCGCUCGGGAGUCCUGGACUUGAGAAGCUAAGUGAUGCGCGUCUCCAGGAGGUCACCGUGUGGGCAGGUAUGAGACCUGUGGUGCUCACGGGCGAAGGAGCAGCAGAUGUCUAGAGGAUCCCAGUGUGGAUGUAGCCCCAUAUUCCACUUCUACAUCACCAGCAGGCCUGGCCCACUUCAGCUCCACAUGGAUGGAUCUCGCUGUGCGAGUCGUACGCAUGGAAAACAAAGCCCGUGCUGGUGAGCAUGCCUGCCUGUCCGCGUCCACUUUCCCCGGGAGUCUCUCCAGAGCCCUCUUCGCUUCAAGCCCCCUCGCCAUGAAGACGAUUGCUCGGUGAUUUGGUGUCUCUGCACGCCCACACGGACCGGACACCCGUAUUUUUGGAUCGGGCUUUUUUCUUGGGUUCCACACCGGAUUUCUCUGCGCUGUGGGCUUCCUUUGUGUCAAAGGGCUUAACGCAGAGUGCGCGGACGGCACCAGAGCGGGGGCUUCGGUUCACCCGCUGUCGCGCCCAGCUGCUCUCUUUGUGGCCGGGCCGUGAUGGCAGCCGGCCGGUCGGAGAGGCAGGACCACCCGCCCGAGAACGGCUUCACCUCGCUGGAGCACCCGGUGCCUCGGCUCCUACCGCACAUCGACGGCACGGUGCUGCCGUCUCUGGGGGGGUUUGGGAAACACCAGAAGCAUCUCGUGGUCCUGACCUGGAUACCGGCAUUGUUCAUCGGCUGUAGUCAGUUUUCGGAUUAUUUCCUCCUGGCUCAGCCCAAUGGCACGUGCGUGCAACCCCUCACGAACGACAGUAACUGGACCGCGGCAUUCCCGCUGGUCACCGUCCCCGGUGGCGCGCCCGCGCUGCAACUCGCAGGCAACGGCACCGAGGGGGGGUACGGCGACAGCAGCGGCAUGCUGUGCGCCUGCAAGGAGUUGAGGCUGGAGCUGCUGACGGGACUUAGUGAGAAUGUAGUUACCAAGUGGAACCUGGUUUGUGACUCAGCCUGGAAGGUGCACAUCGCCAAGUUCUCUUUGCUGGUGGGCUCCAUAUUUGGCUACCUAGUGAUGGGUGUCAUGGCUGACUGGUUUGGUCGACACCCGGUGUUGAUUCUCUCGGUGCUUUUCAUGCUGGUGUUUGGUCUGAGUGUUGCCUUCUCUGUGAACGUCACCAUGUUCAGCACCUUGCGCUUCUUUGAGGGUUUCUGCUUGGCGGGCCUCGCUCUCUCCCUCUACGUGCUCAGGAUCGAGCUUUGUUUGCCAGCCUGGCGUUUCUCCGUGACCAUGGUGGCCAGUUUUCUGAUGGUGGCCGGGCAGCUACUGAUGCCCGGGGUGGCCGCUCUGUGCCGCAUUUGGCCAGGCCGCGACGACUGGCAGGUCCUGCAGAUUGUCAUAAUCAGCCCUUUCGUUCUGAUGCUGCCCUAUGUGUGGCUUUUUCCAGAGUCGCUGCGCUGGUUGCUGGCCACCCAUCACUACAGGCGGUCCAAAGUCAUGAUGCUGCGUAUCGCCAAGAAGAACCAGGUUAACGUGACCACCGAGCCACACGCAGUUCUGACGGAGCUGGAGCAGGAGCUGCACAAGAAACCCCAGCCGACCUGUAUCGUCAGGAUGGUGAGCACCAGGAACCUGUGGAAGAACAUCGUGGUGCUGUGCGUCAACUCGCUGACGGGUUACGGGAUCCACCACUGCUUCGCCCGCAGUAUGAUGGACCCGGAGGCCAAGCCCAUCGCCUUGUGCCACGCCGACUAUUACACGAUGGCUGGCAUCGCCGUGGUCACCUGCCUGGCGCUUUGCCCCGCGGUGGGACUGAUGGGUCGGCGCGGAGGGCUGCUCACCUUCAUGAUCAUCACUGCCCUGGCGUCCCUGCUGCAGCUCGGUUUACUCAACUUGAUUGGCAAGUACAGCCUACGCCAUGACACAGUUCUGCGAGACUCUCUGAACAGGAAAUUCUCGGUGGCCUUCUCCAUCAUCGGCAUGUUCUCCUCUCACGCGGUCAGCACACUCAGCAUUUUCUUUUGUGCUGAAAUCACCCCUACGGUCAUCAGGGGUGGAGGACUGGGUCUGGUCCUGGCCAGCGCCGGCUUCGGCAUGCUCACCGCCCCCAUCAUGGAGCUCCACAACCAGAAGGGCUACUUCCUGCAUCAUGUGAUCUUCGCCUGCUGCACCCUGCUGUGCAUCAUCUGCCUGCUGCUGCUGCCCGAGCCGCGGGGCCAGCCCCUGCCGGAGAGCCUGGCCGACGGAGAGACCUUCACCCGACAGACGCUGCUCCACCCCGGAGAGCAGCAUCUCCUCCUGGCCAGGAUCGACGGGGAGUACGCCCGCGUGCACGACACGCCGCUGCACCGCACGACCACCGGGGGCGCCACAGUGGCAGCGGCAACCGCUCUGGCAGCGGUGCCCGCCUCGUACAGUCUGGCCACUGGCGGGGAGGUGAUAGGAAACCGUGCCAUAGCCAACGGGGUGUGAGCAUCCCAACAAUAAUCUACUACUGCGCUAAUUAUUGCUUUUGCAUUAAUGUGAACUGAAUGGUCAUUGAUCUUGUGCGAGGGGGGCGGGGGGUACUUUUAAGGGAACCAAAAACAAAGAAUCUUUUCGGAUGAACCAGAUGAACUCUAACGGUGACGAUAAUACAUUUGUAUAGUUUGUAGUGAUUAUGAUUCAUUCAGGAGUUGCCAAACAAAUAUUGUACUGGACUAAGUCUAUCUGAAGUCAGUGUGUGUGUGUUAAAUAAUAUGGAAGUCUUGAGUGGUGUUUGGGGAUUUCCUUGCACUGCCGUCUGCUCCGUGGAGAAUGAUUGAUUGGUAAAAGACGCACGCGCGGGCCAGUGGGGAGGCCAAGGAGAGCAGGCUAGCUUUGAGCAACGUGUGCUCUGGGAGUUUUCUGUUCGCAGUUGUUGACACGUUGAGAGAGAAUUUCACUGAAUCUUAUAAUUCUUUAUGUUAUUUUGCACUAAAUGUCAGACACAAUCAAGUGUUUGUGAUUUUCAGCCAACGUGUUGGGAGAUCCAGAGAUUGGCUAAACCACUACCACUCGUUUUGCAUGAAAGGGCACAAAUAGUUUUACAUGUUUCCUUAUUUUUCAUAUUUGUGGUCCCUCUACUGGAAGUCCAAUGUGACACUUUAUCCUCAGAGAUGAGGUCAGUGUAGACACUGAUUUCGAAAGAAAGCAUUACUGCUAUUGUUGUGGGUGUAUGAUGGUUGUCCGAGACGAUGGACAACUGGAGACCUUGGCAGACUCUUGUGUGUGUGUGUGUGUGUGUGUGUGUGUGGCCGGUGGAGACGGCGGGUGACGCUGAACAGAUCUGAGAGUUGAACGGACAUAAGAGUGACCAGUCAGUGUGCUACUGUAUGUCUUAUGACGCUUCUCAGCAUUUCAACGGCUUUAUCGUGAUUGCUCUGGUCUUUUCUUUUUUUUAACAAAACAGAAUUGCAAUUCAAGAAAACCAGUAUUUAUGUUGUCAUGCUGCCAAGGGCAAUUUUGUUGCUUGAAAUACCUCCAUAGAUAUUUCCACUCUCACUCUUUGUUCUCUGUACUGUAGUAAUGUUGUUAUUGUGCAACUUUGUGUAACUAUAGCCAGAAAGCAUACUAUUUUACAGUUUUUUGAAAUAAACGUUUGUGAAGUUUAGAAUAGAGCAGUGCCGUCUGCAGAGACCUGGCCUAGUUGUGAUUGGUGUUCAUUUAUACACUUUACUACGUAAGUAUCCCUUAGGACUGCAGAACAAUGCAAGGUAUGUAUACCUGUACCUUUCAUUCAAAAUGUAUGAACCGUCAACCUUAGUUUCAUAGGAUAUAAGAACAUUGAAUAGAUCCACCAUUUUUCAUCUAUAUAGCUGACAUCAAGUACACAGCACGUAUUUUGAACACCCUGUACGAUUUACUAGUUUGUAUGUUUUCAACAGUUAGACACAAAAACAAAGAUCAACCACUAAUGCCGUUUUCUAAUACAACGCAUUUGUACAAAAAGCCAUAGGCCUACAUGUUUUGAUAUUAAACCACUUAAUUUAUUAUGUCAAUAAAAGAACACUUGAUGUGA